AUGGGCCGUACAACUUCUGGCGGAAUACACGGGUUCGUAGACGACCUGGAGCUCAAGAGCAGCAUCCUUGAUAAAGUCGGAGACUUUAUCACGGUAAACACGAAACGGCAUGAUGAGCGCGAGGACCUGAAUGAACAAAACGACGAGCUGGACAACCAAGAGAACCGCGACGGGGACGCAAAUGAGAACGAACAAGAUGAGCUCGCAUUAGACGAUCUGGACCGCGCUUUUGAGCUGGUCGAAGGCAUGGACAUGGACUGGAUGAUGUCCUCGCAUGCACACCACUCUUCGGCCACCACCGCUACGAUCAAGCCGCGGCUCUUAUACUCGCCGCUAAUUCACACGCAGAACGCCGUUCCCGUAACCAUUUCGCCCAACUUGGUGGCCACCACCACCUCCACCACCACGGGCACCAAUACAUCUACUUCAACCUCCGCCAACAAAAUCACCAAAAACAAGAGCAAUAGCAGUCCGUACUUGAACAAGCGCAGAGGCAAGGCCGGGCCGGAUUCGGCCACUUCGCUGUUCGAACUGCCCGACAGCGUUAUCCCAACUCCGAAUCCGAAACCAAAGCAGUAUCCGAAGGUGAUUCUGCCGUCAAACAGCACCAGGCGCAUAUCAUCUGCAACGACAAAAACGACCAGCAGCAGCAGCGAAGGCGUGGUCGUCGCAAGCGAGUCGCCCGUGAUCGCGCCGCACGGUUCCUCGGGGAUGCGGCCGCUCAGCAGACGACGGUCGUCGGGCCUGCUCGUGGAUGACGACAAGCGCGAAUCGCACAAGCACGCGGAGCAGGCGCGGCGCAACCGGCUGGCGGUCGCGCUGCACGAACUGGCGUUUCUCAUCCCCGCAGAGUGGAAGCAGCAAAACGUGUCGGCGGCUCCGUCCAAAGCGACCACCGUCGAGGCCGCGUGCCGGUACAUCCGUCAUCUGCAACGGCACGGAAGCACGUGA